AUGGCAGUAUCUCCCGCUACUCUUUCUGGUCCAAGGAAAGAAAUGAGCAUUCUGGAAUCUAACCAGUACUUGCUCUCUCAGCUGGAAGAAAGCAAACAGAAAUUGCAAGAUCUCAGAGAGAAAUACCUCACUUCCAAAGCUAUGGCUUUCUCUCUGGCCAACCACCUGCAGAAAUAUGAGUGUGAGGAGUACCAAGAACUCAUUAAGUCUGUGCUGGAGGAGGAGCUGCAGUCUGAAGAGGGCGGUGUGGCAGAGGAGUUGAGACGAGGUGCAAGUCUUGGGAAAUCUGAUCGCCUAUUUCAGGCUCAGGCCCAAGAACUGACCUAUUUACGGCAGAAAAUACAGGAAGGGAGAAGCGUCUGCUAUCUUUUUGCUCAGCACGUGAAAAAUGCAGUCAGACCUUUUGAGAGUGUCCUCGGGAGCACCGGCGUCACCAGCUAUGAUGGACAAAGACUCUGUGAGCAACUGACCCAAGGAAGCAAGCUGCCAGAGAGCCUUGCCGCAGGCCCACCACUGGUACCUGGCUACAGGCUCUGA